AUAUAUUGGAACUAAUAAAAAUGUCAGAUAGUGAUACUGAAUAAUAGAGAAAGGUAGUUCUCCCUUAGAUAAUAAUGAAUGUGUUUGAUACUCAAUAUUAAGUAGUUCGUUAUGUGGGAUAAGAAAUACUCAAAUGGAAAUUAAUAGCAGACCCAGAAUCAUGGGAUUGGGAUGUUUAUUGGACAGAUUCUGGGGUUUAAGCAGAUUUGUUGAGUAAAAUGAAAUGUACAAUUUUAAUUUUUAAUUAUUUUAGAGCAUUAGAAAGUGAAUCAUUUUCCUGGAAUGUACAUUUUAGCUCGAAAAAAUAAUCUUGGUAAAUAAUUAACAAAGAUGCGUCGUCGAUUUUAAAAGGAAUUCAAAUUCUUCCCUUUUACUUGGAUGUUACCAUCAGAUGUUCAAGAUUUAAAAGAAUAUAUGAAAGGAAAAGGAAGAGAUGACAUUUUAAUUGUGAAACCUGAAGCAUCUUGUUAGGGAAGAGGUAAGAAUUAAUAAAUUAAAUUAAGGUAUCUUUUUAACAAAAUCUCUUGAAUUCAUUAGUCCAACAGAGAGAUAUGUAGUAUAGAAAUAUUUGAGUGAUCCUUUUUUAAUUGACGGUUUGAAAUUUGAUUUCAGAAUAUAUGUUCUUCUUGCAGGAUGUGAUCCUUUAAGAAUAUUUAUAUACACUGAAGGUUUAGCAAGGUUUGCAACUGAAAAAUACAUUCCACCUCAUCCAUCUAAUUUUGAUGAUCUUUGUAUGCAUUUAACAAAUUAUGCUAUUAACAAAAAUAAUGAAAACUUUGUGUUUAAUGAAGAUGUAUAAAGAAUGGAUGUUGGACACAAAAGAAGUAUGUCAAGUGUUUUUGAAAAAUUAAAAUAGGAAGGCAGAGAUAUUGAUCAGUUAUGGAUGGACAUUAAAUAAAUAAUAAUUAAAACUCUAUGUUCUGCCUAACCAUUUCUUAAACAUCAAUAUACUACGAGCCAACCAAAUAAUCUUAUGAAUAAUAUGUGUUUUGAAAUCUUGGGAUUCGAUAUUAUCUUAGAUAGUUCAUUCAUGUAAAUUAGCUAUUUAAAAUUUAGGCCAAUUCUUUUAGAGGUUAAUCAUAGUCCAUCUUUUACUACAGAUUCUCCUCUAGAUCAAUAUAUCAAGGCUAAUUUAAUUGAAGACACUUUAGUACUCAUGAAUGUCAAUAGGGAAGAAAAGUUUAGAUUAAUGUAAGUUUAAAAAUUUUAUUAAGAUAGGAGAAACACCAAGAAAUGUAAAAACGUAUUUUGACAGGUAGAAAUAUUAGAAUGACUCAAGAAGAUAGAAAGACUAUUAUUGAAUAAUAUUAAUUAAUUCGAGAUGCUUAUGAAGAUGAUCAUCUAGGAGGAUUUGAAAAAAUUUAUCCAUGUGAUGAAGAAUAUGAGACUGAAUAUUUCACUUAAUUUCUAUCAUAUGCAAGUGACAUAUUUGAGGAAUCCACAGGUUAUUUUACAAACUCAAUUUAGGUACUAAAAAAGUUUAAUUGCCAAGUCGAAAAAUCACAGGUAGUCCACAAAAAUCAAUUAAACUUGAUGCUGCUAAAAUUUAUGCAUAACCUUUGAGAGUAGUUGUUCAAUCAUAAUAAUCUUAAUCAAGAAAGACUAAAUAACAUACUUUAUUAUAUAAAUCUAUGAUCUAACAAUAGAUUUAAUAAGAAUAACGCAAAAUUUAGGUCAUGAUGAAGUAAAGGGAGUUACUUCAAUAGAAAUAAAAAUAUAUUAAAUGA